GAAACUUGAAGUUGACUUAGAUUUUUGUGCCCAGUGGUUGAUUUGGAGAUAAUCUCUGAGAUUGGCGCCUGUCGAGCAAAUGUGCUAGCGGUGAAUUUCACCGGUUCAAUUCGAAGUUGUUUGGAAAGUGUUUGAAAGAAUCUUCUGUUCUCUUGUGGUGUCUCGAAGAGUGGAAGGAUGGUGGUGACGAAAUCUACGGAGGGUGUCUACCCCCUGGAGGUGUUUUAUAUCCCGGACAGGUUCAUGAAAAAAGCCGAAGAUGAACUCAAAGAGACCUCCGAGAAUAGGGAAAUAGCUCUGGAGCAGCUGCGCGAACUGGUGCUCAGCGAUUCCGACCUGUCGUGCCGCACGAGCGACGAGUUCCUCCUUCAGUUCCUACGAGCCCGAAAGUACAACGUACCCAAGGCCUACCACCUGUUGAAGAAGUACGUCAACUUCAGGAGGAAAAACGUAUCCAUCUUCACGGGCAUGGACUACGACGAGCUGCACAAGUUGGUCGAGAGCCGGACGCUGGGACUCCUACCCAGCAGGUGCCCGGACGGUUGUGUGGUCUUCGCUGCUAGACUUAACAAUUGGAGUCCAUCCGAAGCUUCCAUCGAAGUGCUGAGUCGAGGCAUCGUCCUGUUCCUGUAUCAUUCCAUAAACGAUCCCUUGACACAGGUCAAUGGCUACAAAGUCAUCCUGGAUGCCAAGAGCCACCCCCUCAAACACCUCCGGUUCUGCACACCUCACAACAUUUGUCUCCUCUACAACGGAACACAGGAAUGCUUUCCUGGCCGAUUCAAGGGUAUUCACAUCAUCAACAUGUCCCUGACUUUCAAGGCAGCCUGGACACUCAUUCAACCAUUCCUUUCCGAAAAGCUCAAAAAGAGAAUCAUCUUUCAUGAGAACAAUGACACCCUCACAGAUUACUUUCCAGCGUCUAUGCUUCCUGUGUCCUUCGGUGGUCAGCUGACUGACUACGACUCCACCACGUGGCUCAAGAACGCGCUGCAGCCCGAACAUCUGGACAGACUAGCUAACUGAUUGGAUGUCCC